AUGGUUAUACAGCCUGCUAGACAAAUAGAUUUAAUUAGUUCCCAGCUUGAGACUAAACCUCAUAAAAAGAGCCCGUCCAUUUCACCCCCAAACUUCCCUGAUGCCAGCUGCAGCCCGAAACACCUUCCUCCGCAGCCCGCCGCUCGCGCUCUGGGCCGGGGGCCUCGUCCUUCCGGCCACCGAGGGGCAGACACGCCGCCACCGGCCCCGGCCGAGGCACCGGCUGCCCGAAGCGGCCUCCGGGCGCCAGAAACCUGCAAGCGGCGCUCGCCCGGGGUAAGGCUGCCUGCGCCGCCAGCCCUCGGCCCGGCCACCUGCAGGGCCCGGAAGGCGCGGACUUUUCCCUCCCUCCGUCACAGCCGCCCGCAUCCGGGCCGACACAGGAGCCCCCCGCCCCGGCGACCCCCACGAUCCCCGCCGCCCCGGCUCCCCGGCGUCCUGCGGCGUCAGCGCCGCCCCCGCUGCCGCUCACCCGGGCCGGGACAGUCUGGAGUCGGAGAGACCGCGCAGCGCGAGAGGACCGGGGAGGUGGCGGGAAGGGAGAGGAAGGGGGAGCGCGCCCAGCACCGCUUCGGCCUCUUUCACCCGCCUGGGCAGGGAAAGAGGAGCCGGGAACACACAACAGCUCACGCCUGGCACCCGCCGCCGCCGCCGCCGCCGCCGCCGCCGCCGCGCGUGCCCGCUGCCGCCUCGGCCUUGGACCAAGCCACUCCGCUUCGUGCCCGCGCACGCCGCGCCGCUCUCCCAGUCACCCCAGCGCCCACCAGCCCCUCACUGCCCCCGCCCACUCAUCUUCCGGCUCUAGCUUCCUCCCGCUCCCUUACGACGGCGCUCUUCCGGUCGCGCGGGCCAAUGGCAGCGCGGUUCUAUUACAUAAGCGCCAGAGGGUGGGGCUUGGCGGUACCCGCGGCUUUCGUGAGAGCGCCGCGCAGGGGUCCAGGGGACGUCGCCUUCUGUCCCCGGUGCCCCUCCCCUCCCGCGUGCUGGCUGGGCGGCUUCAGCGGCACGGGCAGCCGCGUGACUUACUGGGGGGCGGAGGGGACGGUUCGCGGCGUGUUUCAAAUCGUCCCUUCCCACGGGCGGCUGUCUGGCCUCAGCUCCCGCGUCAGACCUUGUGUGUCGGCGGUGCGGUAUGUUGCAGCGGCCGGAGUGGCAGGGCGGCGGUGGGCGGAGACCACCGAGUCGGGAUGCCGCCGCCCGCGCGCGCUGUGGCCGCCUCCCGUGUGA